AUGGAGGGAAAGAAAGGUACAGGUGGAGAAAGACGGAGGGAAAGAAAGACAGAUGUGACGAAAAAUAUAAGAGAAGAAAGACAGAGGGGGAAAACGAAAAGAGCAGAAAGUAGGCUGGUGAGAAAAACAGGUGGAAAGAAGAGCAAAGAGAAGAAAGACAGAUGCAGACAUAACGGGAAUGGAGAAAGGCAGAGGAGAAAAGACACAUCAGAGGCGGAGGAAGACAGAAAGGAGAGACAGAAAGAGACGAAAAAAAUAACAAAAAAUGUUAAAGAUAGACGGAGGAGCAAGGUGGAGAAAGACAGAGGGGAAAGUGACACAGGGCGAAACACAAUAAAGAAAAAUGACGGGGAGAAGUAUAGAGACGAAGAACGGAAUGGGGAAAGACGGAAGAAAAAUACACAGGGAAGAACACCAAGAAGGAGGAAAACACAGAGGGAGAAAGACUUGAUGGAAAUGACAGUUGGAAAGAAAGUGAUGGGGAAAGAGAGAAAAGAAGACAGUCAGAGAGCACCUCUGCAAUCGAUAAAGAAGAAAAAUCAAGGAGACAUAGAGGUGGAGGAGCUCAAGAAGAUGAUCAGCGAACUUGCGACACAAAUCAGAGAUGAUAUGAGAGAAAAUUCGAGCUCGGGGACAAAAGGCAAUAAGGGGAUGUGCACGUUCGAAGAUGUAGCUGAAUAUUCCGAUAUAGCACAAGCUAUUCGAUUUAAUUCGGUUAAUACACUGGGGGUCAAUAAGAUGGCCGUAAAUCACAGCCGCCAGAGAGGGAAUUAUAAGCCGCUCAGGGCGUUUUUAGGCAAAAGAAAAGCUUUGAUGGGUUAA